UCCAUUUGUAGUCCUAUUAUUGGUAUGAUAUAUGAUUCCAUAUGUGGGCUAAAAUCAACUUUAUUCGUCAGGGUUUAUUUGUUCCCCCUUUUCUUCCUGGAAAACGACUCCACUCACAAAUCCUUUCCCAUUCGAAUUCUCUUUCUCACAGACAUUUUCACAAACACUUGGCAGACACCGAAAAAAACAAAAUGAAGUACGUUUUGGUCACCGGUGGUGUCGUUAGCGGUCUCGGCAAAGGCGUCACCGCUAGUAGCAUUGGUGUUGUCCUUAAAGCCUGUGGCCUUCGUGUCACCUCCAUUAAAAUCGAUCCAUACUUGAAUACGGAUGCCGGUACCAUGUCUCCGUUUGAGCAUGGAGAGGUUUUCGUUCUUGAUGAUGGCGGAGAGGUUGAUCUAGAUCUUGGAAACUAUGAACGGUUCUUAGAUGUGAGGCUUACCAGGGAUAACAACAUUACGACUGGAAAGAUCUAUCAGUCGGUACUUGAGAAGGAGCGAAAAGGAGAUUAUCUUGGAAAAACUGUUCAGGUAGUUCCACACAUAACAGAUGCUAUUAAGGAUUGGAUUGAGUCGGUUUCUGCUAUUCCCGUGGAUGGCAAGGAGGGCCCCGCCGAUGUGUGUGUCAUAGAAUUAGGAGGAACAGUUGGUGACAUUGAGUCUAUGCCCUUCAUAGAGGCUUUGCGGCAAUUAUAUUUCUCAACUGGACCGGAUAAUUUCUGCCUCAUUCAUGUUAGCCUUGUACCUGUGCUUGGUGUUGUUGGGGAACAGAAAACGAAGCCUACACAACACAGUGUCCGGGAACUGCGAGCAUUAGGCUUAACUCCUCACUUUUUAGCAUGUCGCUCUGCUCAGCCAUUGUUGGAAAACACAAAGCAAAAGCUCUCCCAAUUUUGCCAUGUACCUGCUGCAAAUAUUCUCAAUAUACAUGAUGUUCCCAACAUCUGGCAUGUACCACUUUUACUUCGGAACCAAAAUGCUCACGAGGCAAUCCUGAAACAGCUCGCACUACUGUGUGUAGCCAGGCCUCCAAACCUAGAAGAGUGGACUACCAGGGCAGAAACAUUUGAUAACCUCACCAAUUCUGUUAAAAUUGCAAUGGUUGGGAAAUAUGUUGGCCUAACAGACUCCUAUCUGUCUGUUGUAAAGGCCCUUCUUCAUGCCUCUAUUGCAUGCUCAUUGAAACCCUCCAUUGAAUGGAUUGCAGCCUCUGAUCUUGAAGAUGAAAGUGCCGAAUCGGCACCAGAAGCUCAUACAAAGGCCUGGGAGACACUUAGAAAUUCAGCAUGUGUUUUGGUUCCUGGUGGAUUUGGAGACCGUGGUGUGAAGGGAAUGAUACUAGCAGCCAAGUAUGCUCGAGAGAAUAAAGUUCCGUAUCUUGGCAUUUGCUUAGGCAUGCAGAUAUCUGUUAUUGAAAUUUCUAGAUCUAUUGUGGGCUGGAAAGAGGCAAAUAGUACUGAAUUUGAUGAGCAGACAUCCAAUCCCGUUGUAAUCUUUAUGCCAGAGGGCUCGAGAACACACAUGGGAAAUACUAUGAGACUUGGCUCUAGAAGAACGCUACUUCAGAGCUCUGAUUGUAUCACUGCAAAGCUGUAUCACAAUCCAGAGUAUGUUGAUGAACGCCAUCGACAUCGUUAUGAGGUUAAUCCUGAGGUUGUUGGAGAUUUAGAAAAAACCGGAUUAAAAUUUGUUGGGAAAGAUGAAAGUGGUCAACGGAUGGAGAUUUUGGAACUUCCAAGCCAUCCAUUCUAUGUGGGGGUACAGUUUCAUCCUGAAUAUAAGUCGCGGCCUGGAAAGCCUUCAGCUCUAUUUUUAGGUCUUAUAUUAGCAGCAACAGGGCAAUUGGAAGCCUAUAUAAAGACACAUCAGAACGGAUCUAUUUAAUUAUUACUAAACUCUUUCAAUGGCGGGGGUAUAGGCUUUCGGUGUGAGAAGUGGAAUCUGCACAGAUACAAUGAAUAGGACAGAGCAAGGCACAUGGUGGGAUGCAGCCAUAUUUUAAGUUUGGACUUUGAAUAGGAGAUCUGCUGAUACUUUUGGUGAAGUUUUGUUUAGAAAAUGACAUUUUACUUUGUUUCAAAUCCAGGAAAAGUUGUGUAAUCGUACUUUGAAUGGACAAGUUUGGUUUUGCAUAGUUGCAAUAUCGUUAUAAAAAUUGAUGUAGGAAAGUUUCGAAACUUUGUUUAGUAUCUGCAACUCAAGAUUCAAUGUUCUAUGUA